AUGAUUUCUCGUAAUUUGAGAACUUCAUCAACGAAAACCUUUUAUGGUUCCAUUUUAAGAUCACAAAUUAGAUCAAUAUCGAAAAAUAAUUCUCAACAAGCUACUGCUCAAUCAACUUCACGUCCACAACCAUCUCCUGCUUUUAAUACUGCUGAUACAUCUACUCAACCAAUCAUAAAUGAUCCAACUCUUAAUAAACACCAAUCUUCCGCUAUUUCUAGAAAGAAAAAGGAACAAUUAAUGGAUGAUUCAUUCAUUGGAUUAACUGGUGGUGAAAUUUUCCAUGAAAUGAUGCUUAGACAUAAAGUUGAUACCGUGUUUGGAUAUGCUGGUGGUGCUAUUUUACCAGUAUUUGACGCCAUUUAUAAUUCUGAUAAAUUUAAAUUUGUUUUACCAAGACAUGAACAAGGUGCUGGUCAUAUGGCUGAAGGUUAUGCUAGAGCUAGUGGUAAACCAGGAGUUGUUUUAGUCACUUCUGGUCCUGGUGCCACCAAUGUUAUAACGCCGAUGGCCGAUGCAUUAAUGGAUGGGGUACCAUUAGUGGUAUUUUCUGGUCAAGUGCCAACUACUGCUAUUGGUACUGAUGCAUUCCAAGAAGCUGAUAUUGUUGGUAUUUCUAGAUCUUGUACUAAAUGGAAUGUUAUGGUUAAAAAUGUGGCGGAAUUACCAAGAAGAAUUAAUGAAGCAUUUGAAAUUGCUACUACUGGUAGACCUGGUCCUGUUUUAGUUGAUUUACCAAAAGAUGUCACAGCAUCAAUUUUAAGAGAAUCAAUCCCUAUAAAUACUACAUUACCAUCAAAUGCAUUGAGUCAAAUCACUAAAAAAGCCGUUAGUGAAUUCACUUCGGAAGCUAUUAAAAGAGCGGCUAAUAUUUUAAAUAAAGCUAAAAAACCAAUCAUUUACGCUGGUGCGGGGAUUUUAAAUAAUGAACAAGGUCCUAAAUUAUUAAAAGAAUUAGCUGAUAAAGCUAAUAUCCCCGUAACAACAACUUUACAAGGAUUAGGUGCAUUUGAUCAAAGAGAUCCUAAAUCUUUAGAUAUGUUGGGUAUGCAUGGAUCUGCUGCUGCCAAUACUGCUAUUCAAAAUGCUGAUUGUAUUAUUGCCUUGGGAGCAAGAUUUGAUGAUAGAGUCACGGGUAAUAUUAGUAAAUUUGCCCCCGAGGCAAAAUUAGCUGCUUCUGAAGGUAGAGGUGGGAUUUUACAUUUUGAAAUAUCUCCUAAAAAUAUUAAUAAAGUUGUUGAAGCCACUGAAGCUAUUGAAGGUGAUGUCACCGCCAAUUUACAAUCAUUUAUUCCAUUAGUUGAUUCUAUUGAAAAUAGACCCGAAUGGUUCAAUAAAAUUAAUGAAUGGAAAAAGAAAUAUCCUUAUUCUUAUCAAUUAGAAACCCCUGGUUCUUUAAUUAAACCUCAAACUUUAAUUAAAGAAAUUUCUGAUCAAGCUCAAACUUAUAAUAAAGAAGUUAUUGUUACUACUGGGGUAGGACAACAUCAAAUGUGGGCCGCUCAACAUUUCACUUGGACUCAACCAAGAACUAUGAUUACUUCUGGUGGAUUAGGUACUAUGGGUUAUGGAUUACCUGCUGCUAUUGGGGCUCAAGUAGCUAAACCAGAUGCUAUUGUCAUUGAUAUUGAUGGUGAUGCUUCAUUUAAUAUGACUUUAACCGAAUUAUCUUCUGCCGUUCAAGCUGGUGCCCCUAUUAAAGUAUGUGUUUUAAAUAAUGAAGAACAAGGGAUGGUGACUCAAUGGCAAUCAUUAUUUUAUGAACAUAGAUAUAGUCAUACUCAUCAAUCUAAUCCUGAUUUUAUGAAAUUGGCUGAAUCAAUGAAUGUUAAGGGGAUAAGAAUUACUAAUCAACAAGAAUUGAAAUCUGGUGUUAAGGAAUUUUUAGAUGCUACUGAACCAGUUUUAUUAGAAGUUAUUGUGGAAAAGAAAGUCCCUGUUUUACCUAUGGUUCCUGCUGGUAAAGCUUUAGAUGAUUUUAUUUUAUGGGAUGCUGAAGUUGAAAAACAACAAAAUGAUUUAAGAAAAGAAAGAACUGGUGGUAAAUAUUAG